GCACCCUGGAAACCCAAUCAGGUUUGAAGGACGCACUUAAGCCUAUUAGAACUGCGCCCAAAGAAGGUGAUGAAAAGGGAAUGGUAGUUAAGCGUCAUGAUCAGGAAGAUCAUCAGCCAUUGAGUCCAAUGGCUCGUUUGUUUCAUGAACCUGACUGCGAUCUCUAUGUUAUCGGCAUGAUCGGCACGAAAACUCGCAUCGACCCUGAUGUGUUUAAAGCCAACCUGGUGCAUAGUCUCCUUAAACACCCUCGUUUCUCUAGUCUGCAUGUUAUGGAGGAGGAAAAGGGAGGAGAGACGAAAUGGGUUCCAACAAAAGUUGAUUUGGAAAACCACGUUAUAGUUCCAGACAUGUGUUCCGACAUGGAAACAUCAUCAGACAAGUACGUGGAAGACUACAUUUGCAACCUCACUAAAACAACCCUAGACUUUUCCAAGCCAUUAUGGGACCUUCAUCUCCUCAACGUGAAAACCUCCGACGCCGAGGCCGUCGCCGUUUUCAGGAUUCAUCACUCCCUCGGCGAUGGCACGUCUCUCAUGUCUCUUUUACUUGCCUGCACACGCAGAGCCUCAGAUCCCAUGGCUCUGCCUUCUGUUCCCAUGAUGAAGAAAUCAAAAUCAUCGGCUGGGUCUGGAAGGUGGUGGAAGGCUUUCAGACAGUACAGUCCCUGA